CAGUUCGCACUCUUGAGGUGAAAUCCUCGAGUGGUCCGUCAACGCCUCCUAGUUGUUGUCAAAGGGGAAGCCUUCACUCCUUUUUCUUCUUCCGAUACGGCUAAUCUCCGGAGAUCAAAGGAGAGCUUGAGUCACAUUUCAAUUGCUCUUUUGGUUCUGUGGAUGUGAUACUAAAUUAGUUGGUGUAUCCUCUCCUGGGAAACAUUCCACAUACCAUGGAGAGAACAAUGCCAUGGAAUGAGAAAGUUGAUGUGAUAUCAUCAGACGAAUCUUCUUCCCCAGAUGAGGGUGUAGAGGUUAAUGGUGGGUUUGUAGGACAGUUGGCCACUGACAUGACAAUUGAUGAAGCUCCUAAAGCUACUGCAAAUGAAGAUUUGCUUAGAGACACAGUUUCGCUGAUAAGGAGGGCGACGAUGUAUCAGGAAUACAUGAAACAGCUGCCAAUUCCAGUGCAACGUGGCUCUGUCAUCCCCUUUUCUUCAUGGGUGGAAUUGGGCAAAUCGAUUAAGCAGUUAUAUGGGCAACCGUUGCAUUAUCUCACCAAUAUUCUCCUAAAGCAGUGGGAUCAAUUGAGGAGCGGUGCUGAGGAUGAACACAAGCCCUUAGAUAUUGUUAUUCAUCCUUGCAAAGCUGAAGCCACCAUCUGGCUAGUUGAAGAAAUCCACCGGCACACCUCGUCUCAUGAUCGUAUAGCUAAAAUGUGGCUGUCAGACCCUAGGAGCCAUGCUUUUAUUGAUUCCAUUUUCCCAGAAUAAUGAAGCUCAUCUUGUAAGUCCCUCAAUUGUCUCUCACUACAAGUUUGGAACUUUAUCACUUGAAUUAAGGAUGAGUUAUGUCUGCAAUUGUUCACUCCUGCAACUAUUAUUGUCUCGAGCUUCUCCCUGUUGACCUUGAUUUGUAGAUUCUCUGGAUAUAAUGGUAUCGCCUUUAAUUGAAGGUUAAGCAUUGCAGGUUGAGGGUUCA